ACUGCCGGUCGGUCACGUAACACAACAUAUUAUUAAUACACAUACAUUACACAGCAGAGCAGCUGCAGCAGUUGCUUGCAACUAUAAUUGCCCUUAGGCCCGCCGGCAGCCGCGGGUAACCAACAGGUCAUUGAUACCACGAACGCGGUACUAUCGAUAGUUCGGUCGAUUGCGCGCGUCCCAGUAUUAUACCGCGGUACUACGGCGGCUGUACACUAUCGAUAGUUGGCCGCGCGCCGUUAUCGCGGCAAUUGGCCGAGUGUUUUCAACGUGUACGGCGUGUGCCGCGAUAGUGCUAUCAGUCAGCCCGGCCGACGGUUACGAUUCACCACGGACCGACCCGAGGCGAACCAGUAUCGAUAUGAUGUUUUUUAUCGCAAUCGUAGCAGUUUUCUUCGGAGGCGUUGUCACUAGUUUACCAGCAGAUAAACAACAACAAAACGAUGAGCCGACGACUUGUAAUAAUCCACAAGUUAUGAACUGUAAACAAUUUCCUCUGUUCAACUACACCGAUUUUCCUGUGGUUGUUAAAAAAGAGGAUUUUGUCGAUAACUGUCCAUACAAAAAUUACGAAAAACAUUUAGUGUGCGUGGACAGCUACACGAGACACUGCAUGACACCCGAACAGCGUAAGACUUUCUAUAAACUGUAUAACCACCCGACAAUGGUGAUGCAAGAAAUUUGUGAGGCAGGCCCUUACCAAGACGAAUAUUUGAAACACGCUCCUUGUUUAAAGACCGUUCAUAAAGAGUACGAAGAGUGCGGUAACAAACACCAAAACAACAUACGUCGAAUAAUGGACACUGACAGUUCCGAUGGCCAUACGCUGUUUACUCAAGAUUAUAUCAACAACAAUUUAAAACAUCUCUGCGGAUCAUUCCGCGGUUAUUUACAAUGCGUCCACAACAUAGUGAAAUCUACUUGUGGCGAUCAAACCGUCGCAUUCACGAACCAAUUUCUCAAUAACAUGGCGUCGUCUUUAUUAAAUCUAUGUGAACAACAUUCGAUCGACAUGCAAAUAGAAUCAAAUACCAGUAGAUCGUCGAGGACUACGAACCCGUUGCACGGUUCUUUAUUCGUACUCUUAGUGGGAUUGUUACUACUCAAGUAGUUCCACGCGGUCAUUAUAUUAUAUUUCAAUCGAGAUUCGCUCUCGAUCACCUUCGUUUGUAAUAUUAUACUUGUGAUAAUCUCUUACUCCAAUAUUGUUUACCGUAAACCCCAGGGGAACCCGUCCAAAUAUAGGUAGAUGCGCUUCAAGAGAAACCUAUCGAAACAAUAGAAAAUCAUUAGGCGCUCAACUUUAUGAGGAAACGUUUAAUGCCAAAUCAUAAAUACCUUUGGUUUAGAGUAGACUUUAAAAGUGUGUGUUUAGUUAGUUUUAUUAUAUUUUUACCUAUUAUUUAUUUAUUUAUUUUUGUUAAACAUUAUUACGAGUAACUUACUAUAACCAUCAACGAUCUUGUAGGCAACAUUUUUAAUUCAUUUUAUUUUUUUUUGCUUAAGUUAAGACUUAUUGUUUUUGUAAGUUUGUUCAUACGGGGUGUUAUCCUGGCGAUUUCUUUACAAAAUUGUCAACGUGUCAACUGUAUGAAUAUACAGACUCUGUGUACGCCAUGAAGCAUAAUCCUAUAUUUGUGUAAAUUCACUAUAUUUAUUAUUGUUAUUCAAAAAAAAAAAGAUAAAGUAGAAAAAAUAAUGUGUUGUUUUAUUUUAUUUUUUUU